CGCUGAGGCCAGGUUGUGCCGUACGGAACCUGGGCUUCGGUGGCAGCGGUGGCAGUCCUCGGGACGGCGUAGGAACGGGGCAGGCGGGUCAGCUGUCCAAGGGCCCUAUCCCGUUGGUACCGUCACAGCCUCCGUUACAGCAGCAGCAGCGGCGGCCAGAGCUACCGCCGCAGGGAGCGGUGCCGCCACCGCAGCAGCAGCAGCAGCAGCAGCACGUGCCUCAGCAGCAGCAACAGCCAAAUUACCAGUACGGCAACCACUACCAGGGCGCGGACCAACUGAACCAGGCGCAGGCCCAUGCGCCAAGCGGCCCUCAAGCUUGGCCCCCGCAGCAGCAACAGCCACCUCUCCAGCAACACCGUCCACAGCCCCCACCUCCGACAGCUGUUGCCUUUCCUCCUCCAGCUGCACCACCGGUUGCACCGUCAUAUCCCACACCUCAAGGGCCGCUUGCUCAACAACCACAACAAUCUCAUCUGGGGUAUGCCUCGAACGGGGUUGUUAGGGGUACCAGCGUAGCACACAACCCUCGGUUACCACGGCCUGCAUGGCCGCCGCCGACGACGACAGCGCCGGCAGCUGUAGCCGGCAGCAUGCAGGGACCGCAACCGCCAACGCCAUUCACCUCAUCAGCGGCAGGAGCUCCAGGAGCAGCAGCACUGGGAGCAGCAGCAGCGCAAGCGGGAGGCGGCGGAGGAGGGUCGUUAGCUCCCUGGCAACAACCCAGCUUGCUGCCGCAGCAGGGACAGCAGCAAGGGCAUCCGGCCGCGGUACAGCCACAGCCACAGCAGGGGGCACCUUCGGCGAUGUACAACCAACACCAUCACAACCCCGGUGCUCAUCCCGUAUACCAACAGCCGCCGGCACAGCAACAACAACAGCAGCAGCAGGUACGACACCCGCUGCCGGGGAAUCAGCAGCAACCAGCACAUCAGCCGCACAUGGGGCCCCAGCUUGGCCCCCAGCCUGCAGGCUACCCACCGCCGCAACCGCAGUACCUACAGCCGCAACAGCACCAACAACCUGAACAGCGGCAACUGUCGUACGGUACCAUGCAGAAACACCAGCCGCCUCAGGGUCCGCCUAGGGGCCAGCAAGGGGCUGGAUCCAACGCCGCCAAUGCCGUACAACCGGGCCAACAACACCCGCCGUACGGACAGCCGCAACCGCCACAACAGCAGCAGCAACAACAACAACAGGGACAUCGGCAGAUGCAACAGCCUCACCACCUUUCCUCAACCGUUAGCUCUACGAAUCACCAUCCUCAUCAACAACAACAGCCGCAGCGGCACCAGCAAUACCAGCAGCAGCAGCUAACAUUAAAGGGAGCGAAGGCCCCACCAUCAACCGCUCCUUCAGUUGGUUUCGGAGGCGCCGCAUUUGGAGGCGCUGGGGGAGGCGGCGCCGGCGGGGCCGGUGGUGCAAUCACGACGACGGGCAUGCGGCCGGAAACCGAGUAUCGUGGAAGGUGUCCGUUUGACAGAUGCCCCGGCGUCUACCAGCCAUGCAACGCCGAGCUCCUGUGGAUCCGGCCAUCCGCCUUCGUGCAAGCGCAGUACCAGCAACAGCAGCUGCAUUACCAGCAGCAGUACGGCGGCCCACCGCCUGCGUCGUACGAGCCCAUGGGGUACUGGCGCUGCUGCCGCUACCCCGAGUGCGGCUGGCGGUACUACCCGCACCCGAGACUGCGGGAGCCGGUGCUGUCACUGGAGAUUGUGGGGGACAACGUGUUCAAGGUCAUGCCCUUCCCUGGAGCUGAGGACGCGGUGGCUGCGGGGGGCGGCGUCGCCUGCGUGAUGGCGGGAGCCGGGCUCGACCUCAGCCCCGCCCUCACUCGCGAGGAGGCCAGGAGGCUCAUGCGCGCUAGCGCUGUUGCGGACGCCAGCACUCCUGCUACUGCUGCUGCCGGUCACGGCGCUACCACGGC